ACGAGACAAUCAGAGCGAUGCGCGUUUACCACUUGAAUCUAUUAGUGCUGAGUGCGGGCCUCUUGGUCCUGCUGGCCGAAUCGGGGACCACGGCCCCCCAGGCGGAAGUGGAUGUACAGCAACUGACUCUGGCGGAUGUAAAUCAGGCCGAGGAGCAGCAGGAGAUGCCGGCAGUGCGCCUGGCCAGGCAAUUCGGUUUCGGCCGAGGAGGAUUCGGCAGAGGAGGAUUCGGCAGAGGAGGAUUUGGCAGAGGAGGAUUUGGCAGAGGAGGAUUCGGCAGAGGCGGUGGUGGGUUCCGGAGACCCGGUUUCGGAGGAGGUGGAUUUGGAGGAUUCCCGCCACCACCUCCACCGCCCUUCUUUGGCGGCCCCUUCUUCGGCUAGGUGUUAUUAAUUUAAUGUGCAUAUAUGUGAUACGAUCAGAGCAGGAUUAGCUGCUAAUAAAUCAACACGAGCUGCUGCCUUAAUUACCCGACCAAGUGCUGAACCAGUUUUUAUGUGGCCCGCAAUCUCUUUAAAUUUCCAUCUCAGGUACUUAGCCAUCUUUCAUAAGGGCUUUUGGCGGAAGCUACUGCGAAGUACAGGGAUGCAUUAUGGCUUCACUCAGUAGAAAGAAACUCCAUUUUAACGAGAAUGAAAAAAUGAUUAAGUGUGUUUAUGAUUGAAAUCAUUCUAUUAUUUUCUUUCUUUAAGUAAUUUUUAUGAACUUAUAGGAUUUUUAGAACUUAAAUAUAUUUGGAAAAAUAAACCAUCAGUUACAUGUAUUUAAAAUGUA